UUUCUGGCUGAAGAGGUCCUUGCGGCGCGGCUUCUUCGUGACAGGAUAGAAAGAAGGCAGUACAACUCUAUCAUCAAAGAUUACACCCUUUUCCUCUUUUUUUUGCGUUUAUUAACGCCAUAAAAUGUCUGGCAGAGAAGGAGGCAAAAAGAAACCCCUGAAGGCGCCCAAAAAACAGGCCAAAGACAUGGACGACGACGACGUUGCCUUCAAGCAGAAGCAGAAGGAGGAGCAGAAAGCCUUAGAGGCCUUGAAGGCCAAAGCCUCUGGGAAAGGACCUCUCGCUGGCACCGGAAUCAAGAAAUCAGGCAAGAAGUGAAGCUUCCCGAUGAUUGCCGCUUGGGCUUACUCUGACUGCAGCGUGUCCAGUUCGUUUUGUUCUGGUUUAUGUGUUGUUGUUUUUUCUGCGACGGUUCUCAGGCAGUGUCAACUGGAGUCAGUGUACAGCUUUCACGCUGUGAUGUUUUCUUGUAAACACUUGUAGACCUAAACACUGACCGGCCCUUUUCAAAUAAAAGGUUGGUCUCCCUCAACAUUUUUGAAAUAUUAUGUUAAUAAUUAUGUUAAUGCAAGAGGGAAAAACAUCACAAUGUUUUUUUGUUUUUUUUACUGUAAAUGGAGGAAAGACUAAUAAAAUGUUUUGAAAUCA